AUGCUGUACUGCACUGUCCAUGCGCUGGGAGAAUUGGCCGUCCUUUUCCCCAUUUCAGGCGCCUUUGCCGUCUACAACAGCAGGUUCAUCGACCCGGUAUGGGGGUUUGCAAUGGGUUGGAAUUAUGCUUUGUAUUGGCUGGUCACGCUGCCCCUGGAACUGACCGCCGCAUCUAUCACUCUCUCGUUCUGGUCCGGCGCGAGGAACGUCAACCCUGCGGCGUGGGUGGUCAUCUUUUACAUUGUUGUUGUGCUGAUCAACUUCUUCGGCGUCAGGGGAUAUGGAGAGGCCGAGUUUAUCUUUUCCAUCAUCAAGGUGCUCGCCGUCAUCGGCUUCUGUAUCCUCGGCAUCAUCAUUGUCACUGGCGGCGUCGGACCCCAGGGCUACCUGGGUGCGCACUACUGGUACGACCCCGGGGCCUUCAACCACGGCUUCAAGGGCCUCCGCUCUACCUUCGUCACGGCCGCCUUGUCCUUUGGCGGCACCGAGCUGGUGGGUUUGACGGCUGCCGAGACGGAGAACCCGCGAAAGUCGCCCCCCACGGCCGUCAAGCAGGUCUUUUGGCGAAUCUGCCUAUUCUAUAUGGUAAGCUUGACCAUCGUCGGCUGCCCGGUGACGUACACCAACGACCAGCUCCUGAACGGGAGCAGCAGCAGCGACACUAACGCGUCGCCAUUUGUGAUCGCGGUCAAGAACGCCGGCAUCGCCGCGGUGCCCUCGAUCAUGAACCCAGUCAUCUUGAUCGCGGUGCUCAGCGUGGGCAACUCGUCCAUCUGCGGCUUCUCGCGCACGCUCGCGGCGCUGGCUGACAGGGGCCAGGCUCCGAGGUUCUUGAGGUACAUCGACCAGGCCGGCAGGCCGCUGUUGGCCAUCAUCUUCGCGUCGGCGGUAGGACUGCUGUGCUUCAUCGUCGCCGCAGGCGACGACACGCGCACACAAGCGUUCAACUGGAUGCUGGCGAUCUCGGGCCUAUCGUCCGUCAUGACGUGGGCGUCCAUCUGUGCGUGCCACAUCCGGUUCCGCGCGGCGUGGAAACACAACGGCUACAACGUGUCCGAGCUCCCCUUCACCUCCCAACCGGGCGUUGCUUUCUUCGAGGCAUAUCUGAGCUUCCCCGUCGUGCUCGCCUUCUACCUCGCCUUCAAGCUCUGGAAGAGGCCUGCUUUCAAGCGCAUCCAGGACAUCGACGUCACCAGCGGCAGGAGGGAGCUGGAUCUCGCCGACAUCCUCGCAUUCGAAAGGGCUGAGCAGGCCGGGUGA